AUGUCCGAGAAUAAUAUUGAUGUACCAUACCAGAAAGCCAUAGAAUGUCUUAUGUAUUUAGCUGUCAAUUCAAGGCCUGAUAUAGCUUAUACUGUUAGCUAUUUAAGCCAAUUCAACAAUGGACAUUCAUUAGAACAUUGGAAUUGUAUAAAGAGAGUAUUCCACUAUCUGAAAGCUACAUCUGAUUUAUUGUUAACAUUCAAGAAAACAAACUCUAUAUGCAUUGAAGGCUAUGUUGAUGCCACUUGGGGAGAUCACCAGGAUGAUAGACGGUCUCACACAGGCUUCAUAUUCAAACUAGCUGGAGGUCCUAUUUCAUGGGAAACCCACAAGCAGAGGACGAUAGCCCUUUCAUCAUGUGAAGCAGAAUGCAUGGCUGCAUCUGAGGCAUUACAGUCAGCAAUGCCAAAAAGACGUAAAGGGGCCAAUUUGAGUCGUAGAACAACCAAUUCAACAGAUAUACGAGCACGAAGGUCUGGCGAACAAAUCCAACAAAAUAAUACAUAUGUGCGUGCCAGCAUGGCGCAGUUACGUGAAUCACUAUCGCAAGAGGCGCGAGAUGAACGAAAUCAGACAAUUAGAACGAAGAGAAACGCGCAGAUUCAUAGUAAACAGACGUAG